AGGUGUGGGGAAAAUCCCGUUUCAUGUUUACUCACGUUGUGAAAUGUAAAUAAUUCAAUGUCCGUCUUGUCGGUGUUUCCUAGCACUGUGAUCACAUGCUUGUCUUACCGAUUCACAACUUUGUGGAUUAGUUAGUGUAUAAUAAAACAAAUAAUUACAUGAAUUCGAUGUACAACAGCACCGAAGCGAUACUGCUGCUGCCUGCGUCGCACGAUGUCUCGGGACGCUGACUCUGGAUUGUACAAUUCCUCGGCCUGCACCGAAGAACCCAGCACACCAACGUUGAACCAAGCAAUACAUUCAUCUGUACGGACUCUGGGUCACACACCCAUGAGCGUGCUUCAAACGACCACGGACCACGUACCGACCCAGAGUCACACCAAGACGCAUACUCUAACUUCAAGUCAAACAGAGGACCCUACAGUAAACUCAAGUCAUACCGAGAACUUCACACCAAUCCUCGCUAAACCAACCAGUCAGUCCAAACCAAUUCUUGUUCCAGGAACUAGGCACCCCAUGCCAGCUAUGGUACAAAUGAGCACGCACUAUACACCAACUCCAAGUAAGAAAUUAAAACAAGCCAAACUAAUCUCGAGUCAAAUGAGGGACCCUACACCGACCACAAUGCAACCCCAGAACUCUACACCGACCCCAAGUCAACCCCGGGAGCAUGUACCAACACUGACUGAAAGGCUCCCGGAGCACACACCCAACCUGUAUAAAAAAAUGCGAAACCCAACUAGGCACCGUGUGCCAACCAUGGCUCACGUUCCCAGACAUCGUACACCAAUCCCAAAUAAAAAUACACGAGAUCUCGAAGCAUUCUUAAAUAAACCCCUGAAGCAUACACCAACUUUUAGUCAAUCCCAAGACCCUACACCAAUUUUAAAUCAAACACAGGACCCUGUGCCAAGUUUAAGUGAAACCCAGGACCCCACACCAACUGCAAUGCAACCCCUGGACCCCACACAAACUGCAAUGCAACCCCAGGACCCUACACCAACUGCAAUGCAACCCCAGGACCCCACACCAACUGCAAUGCAACCCCAGGACCCCACACCAACUGCAAUGCAACCCCAGGACCCUACACCAACUGCAAUGCAACCCCAGGACCCUACACCAACUGUAAUGCAACUCCAGGACCCCACACCAACUAUGAUUCAAUCCCAGGACCCUACACCAACUAUGAUUCAACCCCAGGAGCCUACACCAACUAUGAUUCAAUCCCAUGACCCUACACCAACUGUAAUGCAACCCCAGGACCCUACACCAACUAUGAUUCAAUCCCAGGACCCUACACCAACUAUGAUUCAAUCCCAGGACCCUACACCAACUAUGAUUCAACCCCAGAACCCCACACCAAGUAUGAUUCAACCCCAUGACCCUACACCAACUCUAACUCAAACUUCCCAACAGUAUAUACCAACCGUCUGUCAAACAACCCAUGAACCUACACCAACCCCAAAUAAAGUAACAAAACGACUCAAACUAGAGAACCAAACAGCCCAGGAUUCUAUACUCAUCACGAGUCAAGAAACCCAGCACCCCACCCUAACUCUAAACCAAACAUGCGAGCAUUCAACGCCAGCCCUGAAUCGAACACACCUGGAGUCAACUCUUACUCUAAAUCAAAAAGCUACACACCCAAUUCCAACCCAUGAUCAACCGACCAAGGAAUCUGUACUCGCCCCAUGCAAUAGAACACUGGUGUCUUCACCAACUCUUGAUACAACACUGCAGCACCCUACAGCAGGUGUCCAAGCGACCAGGGUGCCAUCACCAAGUGUGGUUUAUCCAAUCCAGUCCGUCAGAUACCGUGAUCCUAACCAUUGUAACGACUUCCUCUUCAAUGACUCUCAUGUUCCUAUCAAUAGGGUGAUCCAAAACACGAGUGUACAGUUUGGAAAUGCAUCGAAGUGUAGACCGAUACAACGUAAAUGGCAACGCAUACACAUGGAGAUUGAGAAACAACCACAGAAGAAUGGUCAUAGGUUCCGCUACAUGUCCGAGCGUGGCAGUCACGGAGCGCUUGAAGCAGAGAGAGCGAACGAGUCGAAUUUCGAAAGGAAACGGGAAUAUCCAACCGUCAAGCUUGUAGGGUACGAAGGUCAAGCUAAGAUAAUAGCGAGGCCUUGUCACCGCCCGACAAUCCAUACGAGCUCACAUUCAUCGCUUGGUGUCGAAGAUGCACACGAAGAGCAAUUGGGAGCCACCGCAGGCCUUUUUAAACAAGAGCAAUGACAUGACUGCCGUGUUUAAUGACAUCUCAAUUGUGAUAUUGACGUCACAUGCUCUGGUGGAAAUGUCCCUUAAAAUGGACAAACUAGAGCCUGAAAAUCCAAAGGUUUCUAUAUCGUCGACUGAACGAGAAAAGCACCAGGAGUAUGUAAAGAAAAGACUUAAUGAGUUCAGGGGUUCUGAUAGACGCCAUGUUGCUGUCAUAAAAUUCCAGGCGUUUCAGCUGAACGGAGAUGGCUCAAUAGGCCAUGAGCUCUGUUAUCCGGCUUACUCUAACAAAGUCGUAAAUCAAAGAUCCACGCAGCAUGGAGAAUUGAAGAUAAUCCGCAUUUCAAGGUCAUUAGAAUCGUGCAGAGGUGGUAAAAGCAGGUUGAUUGACCGCGAGUUACUUUUAUUUACCAGCAAAAUUAAAAAAGGUGUCAAUGUUCGAUUCUAUGACCAUGAAGGUUGGGCGAAGGACGUGGAACCUAGUCUGAUUCAUGAGCAAACAGCCGUCUCUGUUCUAGUGCCGCCUUACAAAUGCCAAGAUCUGAAAGAGGAAGUGCAGGUGCAUAUCCGACUGGUACGUCAGCACACCUCUAUGCAGGAUGAGGAACUGUGUGGUGAGGACGUCAGUGAGCCUGUGACGAUGAAAUACCAGCCAGUCGACGUUGAUGUCGGCGUCGAAGCGUAUCGAGUCGGAGUUAAGCGAUGUAAGUUGGAGACGUGAGCAAAAGCAGGUCGGCUGCCUUCUCCUCGCGCCGCUAACAUCCGAGCGUCCGGUUUUCUCUCGUCAACCCGUGGAGCCAGUGAGCGCCAGCAAAAAGCUCGACUUGCGAGGCCUUCGUCACCUAGCUGAGCCAGCAGACAUUGUUUUCCAUGAGUCAUCACUUAGGCAACCCCCAAGAUGUUGCCUAGUCCAACAAAGCGACUGACCCACAAUAUACGUGCCAAAUCCAAAACUAUAUAUAUAUAAUUGAUUAUGUUAUGUGUAUAUAUAUCUUUAUAAUGGCCUCGUUGGCUCUACUAUACAUGGAUUAUUAAAUUGUGUGUAUAGUGAAAGGUC